AGAUCUGUGUUAUGAAAAUGUUUAAUUAGAUUAGAUAAUGAUUACUAGAGCUCUACUAAACCUUUCUACCAUCCAGGUUGUUCUAUUUGGUUCAGUUCUAUCAAGAGAUAAGUUUGCCAGGGAGCCUUCGAACCAGAUUGCUCGGAUAGGGGAUGAAGUUUUAUUCGCUUGCAAACUCACCAGUCAGCGCAGUAAUGUUCAAUGGACCAGGAAUGGUUUUGGUUUGGGGUUCGGCAGGGAUCUGUUGGGGUUUUCUAGAUAUUCGAUAAUUGGAUCAUCAGCAGAAG